UUCGACUUUCUUCUGCUAUUACUUUCUCCCGGUAUGUCGAUCGGGCUGCGUAUUUUGGCCCACAGACGAAUUUAAUUGUCGAGAAAGCGAGGCUUAUGCCGGCAGCAGUAUAAAACACAAGUGUGCAAGUCGAUGGUAUGUUAUCGAACACAAGCGGCGAGACGAUCUAGUGUGCGCCUGGCGACAGAGAAGUGAUAAUCGCGGGAUUCAAAGAUCGACUCAUCAAAAUACAUCGAUAAUGCCGCCGUCUGAACGCGUUCAGGGCCAGAAUACCAAAGUGAAGUUUCCGUAUGAUAUCAAUUUGGUUGAUAAAGAGACCACGGAUAAGUUAUUGCAGGACUUUACAGGAGAACGCACGGGAUUCGUGCAAGUGGGCCCUAAAAAAUAUUUCUUUCCUUAUAAAUAUUUACACGACGCCGAAAGUAUCUACAACUUUCCGGUGCGCCAAGACGACGUGUUCAUUGUGACAUUUCCGCGCUCAGGUACGACAUGGACGCAGGAAAUGGUCUGGCUGCUCUGCAAUCAGCUCGAUUUUGAGGGAGCCGCCCGCGUUCCACUUUUACAGCGCGUGCCAUUUUUCGAGUACAGCCUAUUCGUGCACAAGAACAUCAAAGCCGAGCUGCUGGAACGCAACGCGGGCGACGAUGGCAAGCUACGUGUGGUGCAGGACAUGGAUUUGCCAAUGUGGGACGAGCUGCAGAAGGUUAAAGGUCGCCGGUAUAUCAAGACCCACAUGCCGUUCAGUUUGCUGCCGCCGAAUUUAUUAACUUCCGGUUGCAAGAUUAUUUACGUCGCACGCAAUCCGAAAGACGUGUCCGUUUCAUUCUACCACCUCAAUCGCUUGAUGCUGACCCAAGGGUACAACAAAGACUGGCGUACAUAUUGGGAAUAUUUCUCGAAAAAUUUACAACCAUGGACGCCAUAUUGGGAACACAUCAAGGAAGGGUACGAACAACGUAAUAAUCCUAAUGUUAUGUUCAUGUUCUACGAGGAAAUGACGAAAAAUGUACCGGCGGUGUUAAACAAACUCUCAUCGUUUCUGGACGUUCAGGUUGACCCUGAUCAAAUGGAAAAACUUGUCGAUCACUUAAGUAUUAAAAACUUUCGCAAUAACAAGUCGGUUAACUUUGAUUUGCUGGGUCAAGUAGGAGUUUGCAUCAAUGGCGAGGAAGGUUUUAUCAGAAAAGGCAAAGUUGGAAACUCUAGCGAUUUCGAUGAGGAAUUGAGCAAAAAGUACGAAGAAUGGUUGGAAUACAAUCGGAAAAAUGUUAUCGAUCUUACUUUUCCCUUGUAGUCAAAGUGCAAGUUAUUUAUUUAUAGGUUAAUCAUUAAAUCAUGCAGUGUAAGUUAGUUCUAAGUUUCUGCUCGAUAUCUUUUGAAUUUUAAUCAAUAAUAUUUAUUAAUUAUGCACUUUUGAUAAGUUUCCUUUAUAAACUUUGCCGAAAUUCCUUUCUUUAACGUUUUAACAAUCAAUUCAACCGCAAAACUUUGCAGUUUUGCUUCUAAAUCGUAGUUUUGUGUAAAACAAAAGAAUGGAAUGAGAACUACGGUAGGAAUAAAGUGAAAUGUGAUCGUAUUCUUUAUAGUUUUAAUGGAAUCGUAUUGUACUCUUUGCACUUACAUAAGACACUUUAUAGAACUUGAUUUUUAAAAUCUCUGCAUUGAUUUGUUUAGAAUUUGAUGCUUUAUCUACACACUUAACUUAAUAUAAUUGCAUAUUCGUGUCACUUUUAUAUAAAAAUAUAAAUUUCUUUAAAAUU